AUGUCCUAUUUAUCAAAAGUCAGGAAGAGAGAUUUGCAAUAUAUUGCCACUGAGUUAGGAGAAGAUGAUGUUAAAAACCUAACAGUUAUACGUUUGAUCAAAGUUAUCUUAAGUAAUGACAAUUAUGAAGAAGAAAUAGUUAAGGGCAUCAUUUCGAGCUUAGAUGUCGAACGACUCAGUGAAGAAGAACGUGAAAAGCGCCAACACGAAAAUGAACAGCGCCAACAAGAAAUUGAAAGCGAAAAGCGCCAACAUGAAAAUGAACUGCGCCAACAAGAAAUUGAAAGGGAAAAGCGCCAACAGGAAAUCGAACGGGAAAAGCGCCAACAGGAAAUCGAACGGGAAAAGCGCCAACAGGAAAUCGAACGGGAAAAGCGCCAACAUGAAAAUGAACAGCGCCAACAGGAAAUUGAAAAGUUGCAACGCCAACAGGAAUUUGAAAGGGAACAGCUCCAGUACCAAAAGGAAAUUGAGCGAGAAAAGCGCCAAAAUGAAAUUGAGCGCGAAAAGCGCCAACACGAACUUCAGUUACAGAAAUUAGAGUCAGAAGCAAAGACCAGCAAACCAGAAAAAAAUGCCGAAGAUUUUGCUUACGUGAAAGAUUUGCUUUUAAAGCGAUAUAAAUUAAGUCCCGAAAAGUUCAGACAACUAUUUUACUCACAUAAGGAUGGAAAGAGCUGGCGUGAAUAUUAUUAUGAUCGGAGAACAACCACAGAUGAAGAAAAGUAUCACUCUAGCAGAUUAGAAUUAUUAGCUGUAGUUUGGUCCGUUAAUAGACUUCGACCCUUGCUUCUUGAUCUCAGAUUCACACUAGUUACGGAUUGUUCUGCAGUAGCUUAUUUGAACAGUCAAAGAAAUAUAAAACCACAAAUUGCCAGGUGGGCUGAGCAAUUGAGCGAAUAUGACUACGAAGUAAAACAAAGACCUGGAUCUCAAAUGCUGCAUGUGGAUGCCCUAAGUCGUGCUCCAAUUGAAAACGCUGAUGAUGAAAAUCAGUGUAGGCAAGACAAGGGAAAAGAUAAUCAGUCGGAGCCUAUAGUGUUAUACAUUGCUACGGAAGAGGACAAAGUAGCCCUGAUACAGUCACAAGAUGAGGAACUGCAAGCUAUUAUUGAAAUGUUGAAAAACCCUAAACUGAACAAGCAGAAGAAUCUUGAUGCCAAAUUUGAACUUAUCAACGGCAUUUUAUACCAUGUGCCAGUUGUAGAUGGGAAGAAAAGAAAACAAUUCCUGCUCAUCUAA